AUGUCAUCAAACCCAUACAACAAUGCAUUCGGCAGUAUAUAUAGCCAAGAAAGUGGUAAUAUGAACGAGUCAACUGCACAUAACAAUAUUGAUGACCAAGACCAGCUUACAAUACAAAAUCAGGAUACUUUUCUUUCACGGAUAUUUGGUUUAAACUCGAUAUACAACCAGUUGCAGGACAACUACCAGUAUUAUGAUCCUGAAUAUGAUAAUGCGUUUCAACAACAACAACGAAGAUCAUUGCUUGCGGAAGAUGUUCAGCAAAAUAUAAGCAGUGAGAUUGGAGGCGGCAAUGGUUUGGGGGCUGAUCUUGCAGCUGGAAGCGAAAACGAUGUUGAAAAGCUGCUACUACCAAACUCCAUACCCAUGAAUAACCUACAAGAAACGCAAAACAUAGUGACAAACUCCAAUAGCUUGCUUGAUUCUGAAUCGGAUUCUGACUUGUCAUCAAGUUCAGAUUCAUAUGUGAGGCCAAAACCGAACAGAGCGAAAAGAGACAAGAAGCAGCGGCUGAGACAACAGCAGCCACCGGCUAGUGGUGAUCUACAACCGGACCAAUCUCAAACUUUCCGCACAGAGACAUUUUCUGCGCAUCAGAGCCAUCAACUUGCCACUGGUCUCACCACUGAAAACCCACAAUAUAUUCUCCCCUUUCACAAUACGACAAAGCUGUACCGAAAACCUCCACAACAGGCAUAUGUAAAUACAAACUACAAGCCGGCAAGGACAAGAGCCAACAGGUUGGUUAUUCCACCUAAAGAGAGGGCAUUGUACUUGUGGGCAAACAUCACAAAUAUGGAUGAGUUCUUGAACGAUGUAUACUAUUACUAUCGAGGUAAAGGGUUAUUGAAUAUUGUUCUUUCAAGAAUAGUCGAUUUGAUAAUACUUGUGUUCAUUAUCGGCUUCACCAUCUUUCUAAAAUGGUGCAUUGAUUAUUCAUUGUUUUAUGAACAAUACCAGAAUGGCGUCCACUACGUGUUGGCAGAUUUAAUAAUGGGGGAUUUUCCUCAUAGAAUUCCGUUCUUGGUUAAAUUUCUAGUAUUUGGGUUUACACUAUACAUUAUACUACGAUCGAUUCAAUUAUACUUCGACUUUACAUACAAGUUGAGAGAAAUAAAGAAUUUUUAUCGAUAUUUAUUAAAUGUCAGUGAUGAAGAAUUACUGACAAUUAGUUGGAAAACAGUUGUUGAACGAUUAAUGUUACUUAAGGAUUACAAUAGCUUGACUUCAUCCCUGAAUCCAGUUGAAAACCACUACAUCAAUGAUUUGUCAUCAAAAGUUCGUUUAGAUGCUCAUGAUAUUGCUAAUAGAAUUAUGAGACGAGAUAACUAUACGAUUGCCUUGAUAAACAAAGAUGUUUUGGAUUUGUCAGUUUUAUUCAUGGAUCAAAAACAAUCAUUGACAAAGACAUUGGAAUGGAAUUUGAAAUUGUGUAUUGACAACUUUGUAUUCAAUCAACAGGGGCAAAUCAAUGGAUCAAUUGUGAAGGAUUAUAAUCGAAAUCAAUUAGCGAGGGAGUUGGCUUCACGAUUUAAAAUGGCAGCUAUGAUUAAUGUGAUACUUUGUCCAUUCAUUGUGGUUUAUUUUGUCUUGUUGUAUUUCUUCAAGUACUUCAAUGAGUACAAAUCAAACCCAAGUUCAAUUAUUGGAUUGAGACAAUAUACACCCUAUGCUGAGUGGAAGCUUCGGGAAUUUAAUGAAUUGCCUCAUUUUUUCCAAAGCAGGUUGCAGUUGUCAAUGGGUCCUGCAAAUACCUACAUCGAUCAGUUCCCAAAGGGAUUCCUCGUCAUAAAUGGAAUGAAAUUGGUAAACUUUAUAAGUGGGUCAAUAUUGGCAGUUCUUGUUGUUUUGGGUAUUUUCUUGGACAAUGAGUCGCAAUCGUUUUGGUCGUUUGAAAUAACGGAAGGUAAAACUGCAUUGUUUUACAUUUCUAUAUUUGGUACCAUUUGGGCCAUAACUUCAUCAACUUCUUCGUCAGCCAUUAAUGCAGCUACUGAACCAAAUCAACAACAUUUUUCUACGAAUCGAACCAUCUAUGAUCCUGAAGCCAACUUACGAUACGUCUCUAAAUUUACACAUUAUUUACCUCGCUCAUGGAAAAAGAAACUUCAUACAAUACAAGUGAAGAAUGAAUUUUGCCAAUUGUAUUCAUUAAAAAUUGUCAUCAUUGCAUAUGAGAUCCUAAGUUUAAUCCUAACUCCAUACAUUUUAUGGUUCAGAGUAUCACAAAAUAGUGGUGCCAUAAUUGAUUUCUUCAGGGAUUACAGUAUUCAUGUUGAUGGAUUAGGUUAUGUUUGUUAUUUUGCAAUGUUUAAUUUUGAGGAAAAGGAUAAGAAUAUGAUGGCUGAUGGGAAACAUCGUAAAAGGAAGAAUAGAGGCAAACUUAGACCAAAGCAGCAAGAUACCUCAACUACGUCUUUGCAAAGAGAUGUAUCUGAAUCCGAGCUUAGUAGUGAUGAUGAUGAAAUCUACAGCUUACAACGAGAUGAUAAAAUGGCUAGAUCAUAUUAUCAUUUUAUGGACAACUACAAUGAUGAGGAUGCUACUAACAAUGGAAAAGGUCCAAUGAAAAGGAAACAACAACCAUUCAAGGAUUCCAUACUCGCAUACAACAAUACAGCUCAGGAUGCUGGUUAUUAUGACGGUGAUGAUCAAUUAACUGAUUCUAUAUUCAAGCUCAAUUACAAUAAAGCUGAUGAUGAUUUGGAUAACGAUUUAACUAGAAACAAAUCUAAACGGAAAGGUGGAGUAUUGGGAAUGUUGAACCAGUUUUAUAAACAGGACAUCGGUCGUAAUGUAUAG